CGUUAAUGAGAUUUUAUAUUGUAUAGCAAUAUUAACAAUUUGCACUUUCGAACCAUUUUUACAGUCGUUUUUCAGCCAACUAAUAACUGAUGAAUUUCAGAGCUUUUUAAUCCUGAUGUACGAUUUGAAUUGGGUAGAUUACCCAGUAAUAUUGAGGAAGAAACUAGUUUAUUUCAUGAUGGCUUUGAGGAGACCAGUGGUGAUGACUCUGGGAAAGUUCACCUUAUUAAACACCGAAUUUUACUUGGUGUGUGUUCUCUUGCUGUCAGUUUUUACAUUUGCAAAAUGCGAGGAAGAACUAAUUUCAGUCGCCCUGCUUUACAGACACGGAGACAGAACACCCAUGCUGACUUAUCCCAAUGACCCUUACAACGACAUUUUGUAUGAUGAAGUUGAAGCUGGUCAAUUGACAAAUGCUGGAAAACAACGUCAAUACAACUUGGGUAAGUGGCUUAGGAGCCGCUACUCCAAUUUCCUCUCCCAAAACUACACAACCAAAGAAAUAUACAUAGUCUCCGACGACAUGGACCGUUGCCUGAUGUCAGCCAGUUCAAACCUGGCAGGGUUGUACCCGCCCCAGGGCGUCCAAAUCUGGAACCCCGACUUACUGUGGCAACCCAUCCCAAUACACGUGGACGGGGGUUUGUUGGGCGGCGCCCCCUACACGUGCCCGCGCUACGACUGGCUGGUUGCCCAGCUGGCACUCAGCGACGAAAUCAACAGGUACAACGAGGAGAACAAGGAGCUGCUCGAGUUCGUCGGGAACAGCACCGGGGAGCUCAUAGUGAGCUUCUUACAACUGUCCGGGAUCAACGACAUACUCUACAUUGAAUCAACCAGGAAUUUGACCCUUCCCAGUUGGACGCAGGGGAUUUACCCGGGCAUAAUACAAGAUUUAUCCGCAGUCACAUUUAGCCUAUCGACUUGGACUAAAGAACUGUCCAAAUUUAGCACUGGUUUGCUGUUGAACGAGUUCGUGGAAAAGCUCUCCGAUCCAAGUAAGAAAAUUUACAUGUAUUCAGCACACGACACUAACGUCGCCAAUUUACUGUUCACCCUGGAACCAAGAAUGAAACGUUUCUGUCCAGAAUUUGCAACUACAGUUAUUGUGGAGUUGUGGAAAAUCGAUGGGGAGGAUGUUUUCAAAUUCUUUUACAGGAGAGUUGACGAACUUAUUCCGAUUAACGUAGAAAAUUGUGGGCAACAAUGUUCCGUUGGAGCCUUCAAGGAAGCCUUCAAAGAUGUUAUUGUCAGCAAAGAAAAAUGGGAACUAGAUUGUUUCGGUAUUUAAUAAAAAGUUUCAAACAUU